AUGCUUCAUACGGCUAAAGCAGCCCCAGCGCUAGCAGGGAGCGCUGCUGGCCCGCUCAUUCCGCUCAUUAAACUCAUCUCGUGGUACAACGGCCGCAUUAUGGACAAGUACAUCUCCUCUGUACUCGACGACCGCUGGGUUGAGUGGCGUGCCGGCAAACUUUCUUCGGAAACCAGUCGGUCCGCCAUUGACCUCGCGUUCGGUGACUACAUGCGCUCGUGUAAAGACAAGGCCACGGCAACGAUCCGUCCCAGUGCCAGGAAGUACUUCAUUAUGCAGCUCCGCAUGAUGUUCUUCGUCGCCCACGACUCGACCUCCGCUACCAUCAGCUAUGCAAUCUACCUCCUCUCUAAGCACCCUCUUGUUCUAGAGCGACUACGCGAGGAGCACGACAGGACUUUUGGCACCGACCUGUCCGUUCUUCCAGAUGCGCUCCGCAAAGAUCCCCACCUCCUCAACCAGUUGGACUACACCGUGGCCGUCAUCAAAGAGGUCCUCCGCCUCUUCCCUCCAGCUUCAGGCUUUCGCAUCGGCCGCCCAGAUGUGCAUCUCCACGACGACACCGGAAACGAGUUUUGGCCACAGCCCGACGAGUUCCUGCCCGAGCGCUUUCUUGUCCCCAAAGACCACCCUCUGCAUCCUGUCCGCGGUGCCUGGCGGCCGUUCGAGUUUGGGCCACGCAAUUGUCUCGGCCAGACGCUAUCGAUGCUCGAUCUCAGGAUCACGCUGUUGAUGGUAGUGCGCCGCUUUGAUUUCAGGGAUGCGUAUCAAGAGUGGGACAGGCUGCAUCCGACAAUUCGGCCGCUCGUGUUUCGUGGGGAGCACGCCUAUCAGACAGGCAAUGGGGGUGCGCAUCCGGCGGAUGUUAACAGAGAAAACAAGGGCAGCAGCACAGCUAGCACGCCUAGCACGCCUAGCACGCCUAGCACGCCUAGCACGCCUAGCACGCCUAGCACGCCUAGCACGCCUAGCACGCCUAGCACGCCUAGCACGUCUAGCACGCCUAGCACGUCUAGCACGCCUAGUAGGCCUGGCACGCCUAGCACAGCCACAGCUCAGGCUGGAGCAUGA